CUCCUCCUUCCCCCAGCCACCAGCGCAGUCACAACCGGUUCAGACUGGCCAGGGUGCCCGGCAAAGAAGAGAAACAAGGGGGAAAUACUGGGGGGGAAACUUCGCAGGGAGGAGGAAGAGAAGAAAAAAGGUGGAGCCCAAAAGAGAGGGCAGGCUCCCCAGCUCCAUGUGGCCGCCGCCGCCGCAGGUUUCGGCGGGGGCAGAGGGCGGCGGCCCCCGGGACAAGGCGUAGUGGGACGGAUUGCCCAAUACAGCUGCAGGGGCCGGGUCCCGGGAUAAAUAGCCGCCUGGCUGCGAGCUGCAGGGGAGAGCGGCAGCCGUGGUCCCUACCGCACCAUCUGCCCGGCCUGUGCCGGGUGCUGCGCCCCGGAGCCCCCUCCGAGGCCGGUACUCAGGACCUACAGAAAGCACCAAUUUCACCUUACAAUGGAAUUUAAAAAAUCACCUGAUGGUGGAUGGGGCUGGGUAAUCGUGCUGGUCUCCUUCUUCACUCAGUUUUUGUGUUACGGAUCCCCGUUAGCUGUUGGAGUCUUAUAUGUAGAAUGGUUGGAUGUCUUUGGUGAAGGAAAAGGAAAAACAGCCUGGGUGGGAUCCCUGGCCAGUGGAGUUGGCUUGCUUGCAAGUCCUGUCUGCAGUCUCUGUGUCUCAUCUUUUGGAGCAAGAUCUGUCACAAUCUUCAGUGGCUUCAUGGUGGCUGGAGGCCUGAUGUUGAGCAGUUUUGCUCCCAAUAUCUACUUUCUGCUUUUUUCCUAUGGCAUUGUUGUAGGUCUCGGAUGUGGCUUAUUAUACACUGCAACAGUGACCAUUACGUGCCAGUAUUUUGACAGCCGACGAGGCCUUGCACUUGGCUUGAUUUCAACAGGUUCAAGUGUUGGCCUUUUUAUUUAUGCAGCCCUACAGAGGAUGUUGAUUGAGUUCUAUGGACUAGAUGGGUGCUUGCUGAUUGUGGGUGCUUUAGCUUUAAAUAUAUUAGCCUGUGGCAGUCUGAUGAGACCCCUCCAGGCUUCUGAUUGCCCUUUACCUGAAAAAACAGCUCUGGAAAAUGUGGCAGAGACAUACUCCAUUUACAGUGAAAAAGAAAAGAACCUGGAAGAAAACAUUCACAUUCUUGAAAAGAGCUAUAGUAGCGAGGAAAAGUGCAAGGGCACUUUGGCCAAUGGUGACUGGAAACAGGACAAUCUACUUCAUAAAAACUCCACAUCAAUGACUCACACAAAAGAGCCUGAGACAUACAAGAAGAAAGUUGCUGAACAGACAUAUUUUUGCAAACAGUUUGCCAAGAGGAAGUGGCAAUUAUAUAAAAACUACUGUGGCGAGACGGUGUCUCUCUUUAAAAACAAAGUAUUUUCAGCUCUUUUCAUCGCUAUCUUCCUUUUUGACAUUGGAGGGUUUCCACCUUCAUUACUUAUGGAAGAUGUAGCAAGAAGUUCGAAUGUGAAAGAAGAGGAGUUUUUUAUGCCUCUUAUUUCCAUUAUAGGCAUUAUGACGGCAGUUGGCAAGCUCCUUUUAGGAAUACUGGCUGACUUCAAGUGGAUUAACACCUUAUAUCUUUAUGUAGCUACCUUAAUAAUCAUGGGCCUGGCCUUGUGUGCAAUUCCAUUUGCCAAAAGUUAUGUCACAUUAGCAAUACUUUCUGCGAUCCUGGGGUUCCUUACUGGUAACUGGUCCAUCUUUCCAUAUGUGACCACGAAUACUGUGGGAAUUGAAAAACUAGCUCACGCCUAUGGAAUACUGAUGUUUUUUGCUGGACUUGGAAAUAGCCUUGGACCACCAAUUGUUGGUUGGUUUUAUGACUGGACCCAAACCUAUGACAUUGCAUUUUAUUUUAGUGGCUUCUGUGUUCUGCUGGGAGGUUUUAUUCUGCUGCUGGCAGCCUUGCCAUCCUGGGAUACCUGCAACAACAAACUCCCUAAGCCAACUCCAACAACAUUUUUGUACAAAGUUGCUUCUAAUGUUUAGAGGAAUAUUGGAAGCCAUUCUUUUGCCAUUUUAUACCAUAGAGCAAAACAUAUUUUUUAAAAAUUCUCAAGCAAAUUCUCUACAGUUAAAGACUGUUUUCUCACAACAAAAUUUCACUGUGGCUGACUCUGAAUGUGGAUUUUUUUAAAACAGAUUUUAUUCUUUAUGUACUGUAUGUGUAGCCUCUGUCUCCUGUAUGUUUCCCCUCCCUCCCUCCCCCAAAGUAGACUAUUCUGUUCUACUAUUAUUCAUUAGUUUUUCAUAUUGUAAAACAUUUGACCAGCCUCUGAAGAUUUUCUCUGCGUAAAGAAGUAUAAAUUCUUUGCCAACCCCCCUUAGUUCCACUACAAAACACCCAGAGGACUCUCUUCAAUUUUAAAA